ACCAAAAACGUUUUCAGUCAUUUUAAAAGCACAUCCAAACGCGCUCUAAAAAGACUUCUAAUAGCGUUUGAUAGAAAACCUUGAACGUACUUUUGGGGUCAACAAGCCCUUCCUAGAGACAGGGAGCAUUUCCAAUUGCUUUUUCAAGAAACACUUGGUUUUUUUAAUUAAAGUCUCAACGUCUUUCUAAUAAAAGUGCUUUCAGCAAAAGCAAUUAUGAGCGGGAACAACCUGUAAAUCUUACCAGCAUAUUUUUUUACUAGUGGUAAAUUUUGUUAUCUUGGUAGGUUUAGAACAGAUUACGAAUUCUUCCAAUUUCAGCUUCCCUUGUUGCAAUAAGAACAAGGUUGAAUUAGUGCAAGUCACUUAAGUCAUCACCUUGUUAGGUUAUCUUCUUCUCUUGUUUUUAUUAUUUUAAGUAACUCUUAACAACUUUAAAUACAAGUUGGCAGCCAAAAUACACACAGCAUACCAAAACCUAUGGCCAAUUCCUCUGCCAUUAUCUUUUCCUUGGCCUUCGUUGCUGCUUUGAUCAUCUCCGUUGAUGCAAGCGGCGGUCAUGGGGCGAGCUGGGUUCCAGUGAGACCCCGCUGCGAGGGUUCAGUAGCGGAGUGCAUGGAUGAUCAUGAUGAUGUGUUUGGCAUGGACUCGGAGAUCAGCAGGCGCAUCUUGGCCACCUCACAAUACAUAAGCUAUGGAGCUCUGCAGAGAAACACUGUGCCUUGCUCUCAGAGAGGUGCUUCCUACUACAACUGCAAGCCGGGUGUUCAGAGCAACCCAUACAACCGUGGAUGCAGUGCUAUUGCUCGUUGCCGGAGUUGAUCAACGGUGUAGCAUGUUUUUCAGUGUUUAUCACUUGGAUUAAAUAGAACAUGUUGUGAAUUGUAAUGUUUUUAUUAUGCUUUAUCUUAAAAAUCAAUCCGAGUUCGAAUCCCCCUACUCUUA